AUGGCAAUCGACAACACCGUGCCGGCAACCCUGCCUAAUCCCCCCAAACGCCUUCUGCUAGUCAGCGUCCCCAGAACCGCCUCCAACCUACUCUCCAAGAUGCUCAAUAUCGAAGGCCAGCCCAAUGUUCACACCAACGCCAAAGCGGGCUAUUUCUUCUACAAUGCCUUCACAGCCAUAGCCAACGGCGGCUAUCUCAGCAAACCAUGCUCCCAAUGGACCGAGAGCGAGAAAACCGAGGUCCGCGCCUUGUUCCAAACCUGCUUCAACGAGCUGGAAGACUACUGCACCGAAGCCGAAGCCACAAACAAAAUCAUGUUCGCGAAAGAACACUCCUUCUGGUUCUCCAACCCCGCCGCCCUCCAGCCCGGCGUCUACGACACCGAGUUCGCCAAGGCUCUCCACGUCGACAUCCCCGCCAGAUACGGCGAGCAGACCUACUCCGCCAACAACCAGACCGUGAUCUCGGACGAGUACCUCCGCACCUGGCAGCUAGCGUUCAUCAUCCGCCACCCAGCGCUCGCGUGGCCGUCUCUCUACCGCGCGAUGCUCAAGAUGCAGGCGAUCGGGUUCAUGGACGAGGACGGCCUGAAGGGGGCCAGCGCGACGAACAUGACCAUGCGCUGGAGCCGGAGGCUGUAUGACUGGGCGGCGGAGCAGCCCGAUAUCGCUGUUGCGCCGCCGAUUAUCGAUGCGCACGAUCUGAUCCAUACCCCGCAGAUUGUGCAGAAGCUGUGUGCGCAGACGGGCUUAGAUCCUGCGAGCGUGCAGUUUGAGUGGGGGAGUGCGGAUAUCAAGAAGGCGGAGCUCUGGGCUCCGGGCGCCGAAUGUGAUGCGGAGCAGCAGAAGCAUAUCAAAGCUGCGAACAUUAUGUUGUCGACGCUGCAGAGCUCGUCGACCCCGAACAAGGCGCUGGCGCCGGAGACGAUUGACAUUGCGGCUGAGGCUGUUAAGUGGAGGGCGGAAUUUGGGGAUGAGAUUGCGGGUGUUAUUGAGAAGGCCGUUCAUGAUUCUAUGGACGACUACGAGUAUCUGAAGGCCAGGAAACUCUGCCUGUAA